UCUAUCUCCUAACUUUCUCAUACACGUACAUGAUAUACAAGACAGACAACUGAUUUGCUUCUUGUUGGCCUAUUUGGAAGACAAAAGCUCACUAAGUGAAAGCUUCCCCAUUCAAUAUAGCUCUGACCGUUAACAUUACUAGUUGGGACUGCGAUUUUCUCUCGGUGUUCGGUAUCGGUAUUGAUAGACAUAGAAUAGAUCAUGUGCAAUCCGCUUAUGAUGAGUCGUCCUUAGUACUAAAUCUAUUACGAUUUGGAAAAAAUCCUAAGAAUAUUUUUGCCGAAAAAUGUAUUGUCAAAUUUAAUAUUUUUAACAAGCAGAAAAUAAAAAGAAAAAGUGAAUCAAAAACUAAAAACAAAAUUGUUGUGUUGAAAGGUGGUUACUCUUGAACUUGUACGUCGUCACCGCUGCGCUCUGCAUGCCGGUUUGUGUGUCAGUGUUACAGAACAAUAAGCAGACUGUAUUACUUUCAUACAGUGCCUAACAAGUUAUAAGGUAUAACCAGCCACUAAUAGGUUAAGUGAAAACGGAAAAAUAAGAAAUUAGAACGAGUUCCUAAAAACCUUUUUUUAUCGAAAUAGCACACAAUUUAUUGACAUUAUGUCCGUUGUUUAUACGGUUGAAGGCGAACAACAACUUGUUAUGCCAAACAUUAAUAAAUUUUUUAAAGGAGCUUCAAAAAAUGUAUUGCUUUUGCAAGGCUCCUCAGAAAAUGUUAAGAUAAAAAAUGCAUUUACUCAGCGAAUAAUGGUGGCAGAAUUUGUUUCCCGACAGCAUACUACUGGUUCUCCUAUCAACGGUGAGACACCGAAUCAAAAUCACAAAACAUCUAAUAUACCAGAUACUCUUUGUUCAACAAAUAAUACACCUGCAAUGAAUUCUAGUACCUUUGGCCUUCCACCCUUGUCACCAUCUCUUUCGCUCAAUGGUGGGAAUUCAAACAGUGGCCACAACAAUUUUAUGUUGCAGGAACCACUUAGCCCUCAGUCGAUGGAUAUGGAUGGAAAUUUUUCAACAUCGUCAUAUGAGCUGGGUCUGAAGCGCAAAGAACUAUUUACACAACGUAAGCAACGUGAAUUUAUACCCGACAACAAAAAAGAUGACAGCUAUUGGGAUCGACGAAGACGCAACAAUGAAGCGGCUAAGAGAUCGCGUGAAAAAAGGCGUUAUAAUGAUAUGGUUCUAGAACAGCGUGUUGUAGAAUUAACUAAAGAGAACCAUGUUCUUAAGGCACAAUUAGAUGCGAUUAAAGACAAAUUUAAUAUAACUGGAGAAAAUUUAAUUUGUGUUGAACAAAUAAUGGCAACACUCCCGACCACUGAACAAGCCUUAAGUAUUACAAAGCGUGCUAAGUUGUCGUCGACCAUAUCACCCACACUCUGUACGAGUCCAGUCCAACCGUCAGUGAUACAUCAAACAAUGAAUCUUUUUGGUGAAAUGGCACCAGAACCAACACCGCAUUAUCUGCAAACAAAAUCUACAUCUGCAAAUGACUUUAAUAUUGAGUCCCACGCACUGGCGAACGGACAGCAACAGUUGCAACAAAAUUCGAGUAGAACAUCUCCUUCGGCAAAGCAAAUGCAUCAGUUAAAUUGUAGCCAUCACCAUCAACCACAACCGUCAGACCUGCAUAAUGUAUAUCAACGUUCCUGUCAUUCCUUGUCACCGCACAAUAACCUCCAUUCAUAUCAGCAGCAGCAAAGUACACUUCAACAAAAUCCACAUCCUCACAAGCAACUUCAUCGGAACAGUUCCUUAAUUUCCCCUGUGUCUUCUAUUUCUUCAUCAAGCGGUGAACCAGAGGAUCCAAAAUCGUAUGGAUACAUCAAUAGCACAAAUAGUAGUCCCACUAACAGUGAUAACGAAUGUAGUACUCCGCUCAAUACAACCCACCACUUUCAUGAAAUGCAUUCAACAAACAACGGCCCUCCACUAUAUAAACAGUUUCCAGUCCAACACCACAAAUAUCAACAACAUCGUUCACCAUUGGCUAUAGGCAACAGUGAAAACACAGCAUCAAUAUUAGGUCGCACCGUGCCCACCGAUGGUCUGGAUAAAAUUCGCAGCGUGGUAACUGUCAUUAGUGGUGGAAGCGAAUCACAAAACAGACUUUCAUCGACACUCGAAACACAGCAACCUAAAAGUUUUCAAAUCCAUCCUAAAUCACAACUUCAAAAUCAACUGUCCUCAUCUUCUUCAUCACAAAAUCAAUAUGAAUUAUGUCAAAAAGCAGCAACUUCAUACAAUAAUCAUAGCUUGCCUCUAUCAGAAUACACCACAACUCAUUUGUCCUUUACCAAUUCUCCGACAUCAGCCGCAGCCGCUGCAGCCGUCGCUGCUGUCAUUGGCAGCACCUCAACUGGCAUAUCAAACCAGUCAAGAACUGAGAGCAAUACUACUACAUCUUCCUUACCUGUAGCUACGAAUAUAACUUAUAAUGCUGCUGCCGUUUUUAGAACAAAAAAAGAACAACCUGCUUCUAUUUUAGAAGCGACAGUUGAAACCUACAGUGCAAUAAAAAAUAGCGUAUUGAAUCUCUCACGCAGGGCUUCCUCACCAUUUGAAUUAUCUUGCAGCUUAUCUGGAUCAGGAGCUGCUUCUGGCGAUGAUGAACAAGGUGAUAUUCAACAUCCAGUCGAUCUAAAUAAUAGUCUUCCUCUUAAACUUAGACAUAAAUCACAUCUGGGCGACAAGGAUGCUGCAUCAGCAUUACUCGCCCUUCAGAAUAUUAAACAAGAACCAAAUUGUCGUGCCUCUCCUCCUUGGGAUGGUGAAGGCUCCAGUGACGAGCGUGAUUCAGGUAUUUCAAUUGGUGGUACUGAAUGGGCAACAGAUAUCCAACAUAAUAAUAUCGUGCCAGCAGCAGGAUCUGAAAACCAAGAGGGUAAUAUUCUCAAGUCACAAAUUGCCAGGCUGGAAUCAGAAGUGGCCAACAUUAAAAAUAUGAUGAUUUUAAGCACGAAUGGCCCUUGUGGUACUGCAACUGCGCAGUGACCCUUUUUUGAUUAGAUAAAGAAACAAAUCAUUUUAUAUUUCGAUAUCAAUUUUUUGGAAUAGUAAUUGUUAAAAAGAGGAUACAGAAAAAAACUAUCGCUAUGUUGCGGUUGCUUUUUUUCAGAUUUGAUUCACAGAUAUUAUUAAAAGUAAUGUUUUAUUAUCCCCAUGAUCUUAUUCCAACCAAUUUCUUUCGUGUACUAUACAGAAACACCUAUGUGGAUUUGUUAAAUGAUACAAAAUUUGUUAUGUGAAUGGUUCAAAGAAUGUCCAAUCCAAUGAAGUGAUAUUGCGAAAGUUAUAUUCGUAAAUUAUCGUUGUCUCUUUGAUCCUAUUAUGAACUUGAAAGAACAAGCCCACGUGGACGAACAACAUUUUUUAAAUUAUGGUUAUUAAUUUAAACAAUAUACGCAUACAGUUGGGCCACAAUCACAGAUUUCAAAUAGAAUAGGAAAAAUAUGUUUAACAUUCAAAAAACAUUAAGAACAUUAAACUUAAAAAAAUUAAAAAUAAUAAGGCACUUGUUCUUUUUAAAUAAAACGAACAAAAUUAAGAAUGGUUGCAAUUUGGAAAAGUAAGAGACAGCUAAAAAAAGGUCACCACAAACAAAAAAAAAUUGUACAAGUUAGGAAUAAAAUCAAAACGGUGAAUGUGGGACACUUUUUAGGAUAUCCUGUAAAUAUUAAUAUUAAUAGUAAUACAGUAAGUAAGAAAAAGAACUAUAAAAUUGGAAAGCAAAACUUGGAAGCGGGAAAUCAGUGGCAGAAAAAUUGAUCAUUUACAUAACAUAAUAAUGAAACAACAGAUACUUUAAUUUUAAAAAUAUUUAUAUGAAGCAUCGUCCAGUCUGAAUCCUACAAUCGAAAUUCUCGUAAUGAAAUGAAAUAUUUUUUGUUCAAAAUGCCACUAUCCAAAUAAUAAUUGAAUUUACAAUAUUAUGACUAAAUAAAAAAUUGUGUGUCCCUUAUUUCUUAAAAAACAAAUCUUACAAUACGAAAGGAAUAGAUUUAAAAUUACUAUUUCAUUAUCAUCAAACGAUUUUAUAUAAAAGCCAGGAUUAUGUUUGUAAUUUAUUUUGAAUUGUUUUUUGGACCAUUAUUAAGCUUUCUUGGACAACAGUGCUUCGCUUAUUUCCUCACUUACUGAAGAAUUAUUAUUAAUAAUUAACAUUUCGGUUUACUGUCAAAAUAUAAGAAAAUGGAUUUUUUUCACUAACUUAUCCAAACAAAAGUUAACAAUUUAAACAUAUACAAUAUGCAAAAAAAAGCAAAUAGUAAUGUCCGUACCUGUCAAAAUAAACUAACAUAUGUACCAGAUUAUGUAAGCAAAGCAAAAAAAAUGUAAUUUAUAUACUAUCUAAAACAGAACAUGAGGGAUAAAUGAUGAUAAUUGUUUUUUUUUGUUAUACUAUAAGGUAACUUUAAGAAACUUUAGGGUAAAAAAUAUGUUUUGUCCGCCAAUUAUUUUAACUGCGUUUGUGCAUAAAAUAAAUUAGGCGAAAAAGUAACGACGAAAGGAGAUUAAUAUACUUCACAGGUUUCGUUUUCAAUAUGUUUUCAUUGUAUGAAUAUUCUAUGCCUGUAAAUGUAAAAUACAUCAAAUACAAAAGUGA